GUGCCGCUGCUGGAUCUCCAGCCGGCAGCAUCUUGCAUUCAUGUCGAAACUCCGGUGCAAUGCGGGACUCCGGUGAUCGCAUCCGUCGCGAGAGAACUUCUCCGACGAGUUCGAGAACGGUGUUGAGACGAGUGCUGGUGCUAUCCGAGGGGCGGCAGUUCAGAGAGGCGGCGGCUGUCUUGCAAAAGCUCAAUUGUAAUAGUGUGGCGGCGGUGGCGGCCGAUCUGCCCCUCGACUUUCUCGCCGAGGGGUUGCCACAUUCGGCGCAACUGCUGGAGACGCUCUUCAAUAAGUUAAUAACAUCAGGUCAAAGGCCAAAUGUGAACGCCGAACAAGUGCUCUGGCAAUUGGUCAAACUGUUCGCCUCACAUGAAGACCCAACGCUCAAGACCAAAGUUGCAAGAUUAAUACAAAUCCUCGUCGACUAUCAACCGGAAUUUCAUCGAAUUUUAUCAACAAAGAAAAAAGCUCUCGAACAUGCUAUACAAGGUUUGGGGUGCCACGGUUUGACCCCCGACGCCAGCGGCUUGACCCACCUCCAUGUGGCCAUCAAAGCUGAACUCCACCGUCACAUCGAUGCCUACAAAAACGCUCUCCACCGACUUGAUGAACUUGGCCUUGCCGCUGCCAACUCCAAGAAGCCCGUGGAUGCUUCCCACCAAAGACUCCUCGCCUUGCAUCAUUCCGAAGUCCAGCAACGACUCAUUGACAAUAAAACACUUCUCACCAUCCUCGACAAGCCCGAUUUGAAGCAAUUGCGACCGUUGGUCGACACUUUGGCCACAAGAGUGCAAAAUGACAAAGAGGCGCUUUUCUGCGUGUCGCAACUCAAGAGGUUACAUCCGAGCUGUGAGGAGAAACCUGUAGCUGCUCUACUGAUGGCUUUUGCACGAGGAUGUGGCGCCCUCUUGGAGCUUAUGCAGACUCCGGAGAGUCCUUGCAGCAGCGAUGGGUAUCACUCGGAAUCGGAACAGGAUAAUGAUCGAGGGAAAGACCUCGUUGGUCGCUACGCCUCCCUCUACUACCAACACCGUCCUCGAGCCCUCGAAGCCCUCGAUUCCCUUCCCGAGUUAGCCCACGCCACUCAACUCAAAUCGAAAAUCCUUUUCUCGGUGGUUGUCCUCGCUUUCAGAACCUGCAAGAAUCUACGCGAUACAAAAUUGAAAGAGACAUUCCGAAAUCUGCAUUUGGAUUGUAGGACAACUGCUGGUCAUCAUCUUCGCGAUGAUGUUGUGAGGUGUUUGGCCGCCUGCGCCGAGAGUUAUCCUCUGGGGGAGGCCGAGCACCAGGUGCGAGCCCUGGUGUGCGAUACUCUUAAAGAGUACAAGUGUUUGGAGACGUGUGCGACGUUGAGGAGGUAUGUGGGGGACGUCACCAGAGUGGCAUGGCUUUUGGUCAAUCAAGUACCGGGAUAUGAGCUCGAUACGGAUUUCCAGACACCAGUGAGGCUUAAAAAUGAUAGACAUCAGAGACACCACUCGGCUGAUAGGAGCAGUGAUGUAGUCAAAGGGUAUCUAUGGCCGGCUUUGAUUUUGCAGAAUGUUUGCGUGUAUAAGGCCGUUGUGGUCACUGGAGGGACCUGAGAAGGCUACUUAUUUUUUACAAAUUUAAUUUACUCAACUGUAUUACUUUGUAUUUUGUAAAUAUUAUCGCAUUACGUUUUAUCAAUAAACUAAAUAAAAGUUUA